AAAUAACAGGGAUUUUUAGAUAUUAAAAACGCCACCACUUUUGCACUGGCCAUCUACACUAGAUCAUAUGAUACGUCAUUGGAAACCGGUCAAUUUUGUCUAAUGAAAUCACUUUCUUCUUUCUACCAUUUUAGGUAUACUUACCCUAUAGUUUAUCCCAGUUGUAUGGGAUAUAUAUGAAAUAUCUAACAUGUUAUAAAUAUACAGAAUAAUAUGUAUAUCACGAAAGUAUAAGUGUAUUUAUAUUAAGUGUAUUUAAAUUGAACAUGUCUAAUUGGUAAGAACCUAUUCUUCAAAAUAAACUUAACCUUUCCUUAUACGAUACAAUAGAUUUGUAUAAAAUUGUUUGAUAUGCCUACCUAUCACUAUUGAAACGAAUAUAUUCUUCUCUUCUUCUUAUUCGAACGUUAGAAUUCUACCUUUUUAUCGUUCUUUCUCCUUUAUCGAAUUCCUUUUUGUAUAAAUCUUCCGUUCCUUCGUAUUCCUCAGACAAACGUGAAAUGAAUUUUCUUUCUUUCUUUUUUUCUACAAAUUUCCAAUAUUCUCUGUUCUUGAAACGGAAAGUGUUGGAUAUCGGAAAAAAGAAAAAAGAAAAAGAAAAAUUGGGUAAACUUUUUCUUUUCCUUUAAUCAUAUAUUUAUGACUUCUAACUCUACAUGUUGCAACUUCGGUUAUACUUAUCUGUAUUCUUUGUUUGCCAUGAAUACUUUAUGGAUACACGGCCAAUGCGCAAGAAGUAACAUCUGAGACGUCUCACAAAUAUUUUCAGCAUACAACAGUGUUCAGUCGUCUAUGCACAAACGGUUUUAACGCAAACACUUUCCAGCCUGUCAUGCAGGAAUAAGAAGGACUGAAUAACAGACAUUAAUAAUUUCUAAAACUAUCACUUAUCGGUCAGUUUGUUUAAAAUGAUGCUUAGUAGAAGUAUCAGUCGCCCGGUAAUAAUUGGCCUACGAUUGAUUGGAAUUUGGCCAGGUUCAUCUUAUGAAAUUAUUGUCCGAUGCAUUUGGGUAGCUAACAUGAUGUCUGCGCAAGUAUUUCAGUAUCGGUAUAUAAUAAAGCAUAUUAGUUCUGGAAACUUGGCGGACGUAGUAGACAGUGUGAGCACCACUUUGCCUUAUAGUCUACUGUUCUUUAAAAUAAUUAGCUUUUGGAUUAAACGCGGAAUAUUUAAAAACAUAUUGAUAGGAAUGUCUCGCGAUUGGAUCGACACUUCUACUGCCAAACUUAACGUAGAUGUCAUGAUAAACAAAGCUGAACUUGCAUACCGUUGCUCAAACUUAAUUAUUGGCGUAUACGCCAGUGCCGUUUUUAUAUACGGCGGUAUGUUCCUGGAAUUCAGUCGUCAGGAUCAUGAGGACGGAUUUAAUAUAACAUCUCGGCAAUUGUUGAUAAAAAUGGACCUUCCGUUUGCAUAUUAUGAAAGUCCAAUGUAUGAAUAUGUAUUUGUUGUACAAUUUCUUCAACUAUUAGCUACUGGAAUUAGCAUUGCUAUGUUAGAUGCUUUGAUAAUUACAUUGAUACUUCAUAUCGGAGGGCAAAUAGAAAUGUUACACGAAGCUCUAAAAAAUAUUCCUAUCAAAGAUGAAAAACAUGGAUCAUUACGAAAUGUCAUUAAAUCAUUAACCGAUCAUCAUUACCGGAUUAUCCUUAAUUCGGAAUAUAUCGAAAAAUUAUUCUCGUAUAUCGCUUUGAUGCAAUUAUUAUGUAAUACAAUCGUCAUAUGUUGUAUAGGUUUCUUAAUAAUAGUCGCGGUUAAUUCAUACGGUGACAUAAAAAUACUUAUGAAAAUUUUGUUAUUUUAUAUCGCUAUUACGUUGGAAGCAUUUAUUUUUUCCUACGCUGGGGAAUAUCUUAGUAGUAAAAGCCUGUCAGUUAGCAGUUCAGCUUACGGUUCUUCAUGGUACUUAUUAGAACCUAGAAACAGACGUGUCGUGAUUCUUCUUAUGAUAAGAUCACAAAGAAGUUUAACGAUUACUGCUGGGAAAUUUAUGGACUUGUCUAUGAUCGGCUUUGCAACUAUUAUGUAUUAACAAAGAAAGGGCGAAAGCUUUCGAUGACACAACUUGAUACUGACGUAUUAUAUGAUUUCAAAAAUACAUACACAGUACGCAUAUUUGGUAUACCGCAUGUUAUCACAUAUAUUCUUUUAACUUUUUAGAUUUUAAAAGCUUCUGCAUCAUAUGUAUCGGUAUUGUAUGCGAUGUACUGAUUACAUAGGAGUUCAUCACAACGAAUA